UGCAGAGUACUGUUUCCUGUCAGGGAUCACUACUGUCGUUGAUGUGCUUGGUGUUUGAGCUGGACUGAGCAUUUUUCUCGAUAAGUUCUUUACUCUUUCAGAGUGCGCGUUUUCAUCAACGUUUUGUCCAAUGAUAGUUCCAGCCUUGUGAAUGAGUUUUUUUGAUCCUGCUGGCAUCUAUGACACUGAUGCUACUCCCCACAGCAUAGUAGAUGGCACUCGCGUGAAUUCUGAUGAACAUUAUGGCUAAGGUGUGUCUGGCUGAUUUUGAGGAGUAUGCCAAACAGCAUCUCGCCAAAACUACCUGGGAUUAUUACGCAGCUGGAGCAGAUGAGUGCUGCACCAGAGAUGACAACCUACAGGCCUACAAAAGGAUCCGUUUAAGGCCACGGAUCUUGCGGGACGUGUCAGUGAGUGACACACGAACUACCAUUUUGGGCACCGAGAUCAGCUUUCCUGUAGGCAUUGCACCCACUGCUUUCCACUGUCUGGCCUGGCCUGAGGGAGAGCUAGCCACUUCCAGGGCCACAGAAGCUGUGAACACCUGUUACAUUACCAGCACUUACUCCACAUGCUCAGUGGAGGAGAUCUGUGCAGCAGCUCCAAAUGGCUACCGCUGGUUCCAGCUCUAUGUGUACCGUGACCGCAAACUAUCGGAGCAGCUCGUGCACAGAGUGGAGGCACUCGGCUACAAGGCCUUGGUGCUCACAGUCGACGUUCCGUACACUGGCAAACGUCGUGAUGACAUCCGCAACCAGUUUAAGCUUCCCCCUCACCUGAAAGUGAAGAACUUUGAUGGCAUGUUUGAACCUGAAUGCUUCCUCGAACAGGACACUGCAGGUCCUGAAGAGUAUGGCGUUCCGUCCAACACGUUGGAUCCAUCCAUAAGCUGGAAAGACAUACACUGGCUGCAGUCUCUCACCCGCCUGCCCAUUGUCAUUAAAGGUAUCCUGACUAAAGAGGAUGCAGAGCUGGCUGUGGAACAUGGUGUCCAAGGGAUCAUCGUAUCCAACCAUGGAGGCAGACAGCUGGAUGGGGGACCAGCCACAAUUGACUGUUUGUCUGAGAUAGUAGACACAGUGCAAGGCCGGAUCGAGGUGUACAUGGAUGGAGGGAUUCGCACAGGCAGUGACGUGCUGAAGGCCUUGGCUCUGGGAGCCAAGUGUGUGUUUAUUGGAAGACCUGCAAUCUGGGGCCUUGCUUACAAGGGUGAAGAGGGUGUGAAAGAAGUUCUGCAAAUUCUAAAUGAAGAGUUCCGUCUAUCCAUGGCCUUAUCUGGUUGCAGAAAUGUGGCUGAGAUCAACAGGAACCUCAUUCAGAUUUCAAAACUCUGACCAAAUAGAAGCAAAUAAGGGCAAGCUCAAGAUCAAGAUAAGCUUCAGUUCAGCAUUCUCUAUAAGACAUCUUUAAUGGCUAUCUUGUCUCUCAAAGGCUGAUGAGCACAGAAUGGAUGUAGUAAAAUGGUUCACACUAUAUUAUUCAUUCAAAUAAACUAUGUACAUGGGCAGCAAAAAUCCUUAACACUAAAAAUGAUUUAAUAUGAUUGAAGAGGCAUUUCAUGUGUUUGUAAGUUAAUCAAGGCUCGUUAGCUAACUAACACAAACUGCAGAUAUGACUACUAGUGAUUUAUCAAUGACGUGUGUAAAUAUAUGACACCUGAGGGCCAAGUUGGAUGGUUUGGUAGCAGGAGAUCAUAAUGUUUGGUAAGUGAAGGUGGGUUUUAAGGAUCGUUUGUAGUGCAGACCGAUAAUACACUGUUUAUAUCUAGUUGUGCAGUGUAUUAUGAGUAGAUGGAGAGGUUUGGUGACAAAAAAGGGUUUAGAAAGUCAUUACAAAGAAGGAUAAAAUAAUGUCUUGUGACACAGGAUUAUGCAUUACCUGCCAUUAAUUGCUAUAAUUGAAUAUCUGAAACACAAUAUCAGUAACACUGAAUAAUAAACUUUAUUGCAGA